GAACAUUUUGGCAGACUGAAAUAUUGCUGACUGAGACAUCCCUCAAGUCUGAAGAUGACUGGUCGGGCGCGAGCCAGAUCACGGGGGCGAGCACGUGGUCAGGAGACCGCAGCACCUGGAGCGGUAAGAGCUGCUUCACUACAGUCUCGAGACCCUACACCACCGGCUCCCUCUCCUGCAGAGGGGGACUUAGGCGGUAGAGGGAGGCAGAAAGGUGCUCCAGGACCAAUUUCUGAAGAAGCUUUUUCCGAGAUUUCAGCUGGAUUUCAACAGGUGAAGCUGGGAGAAAGAGGUGGACGGCGUCGGGAUUUUCAUGAUGUGGGGAUCAACACCAGAGAUCAGAUGGAGCAUGUCAGGGAUUCCAAGUGUGGAACAACUGGCUCUCCCAUUCCCUUGUCUGCAAACUACUUUCGCAUCCUGUCCCGCCCUCAGUGGGUUUUGUAUCAGUACCAUGUGGACUUCAAACCGCAAAUGGAAUCUCGACGCCUGAGAUCUGCCCUCCUCUUCCAGCAUGAGGAGACAAUUGGCCCAGCUAAAAGCUAUGAUGGAGCUAUGCUUUUUCUGCCGAAGAGGUUGCACAACAAGGAGACUGUGCUGCAUAGCAUGACCAGGAAUGGAGAGAAGGUUGAGAUAACUGUCACCCUGACAAAUGAACUGCCACCCACAUCACCAGUGUGCAUUCAGUUUUACAACAUCAUAUUCAGGAGGAUUUUGAGAAUUCUCAACAUGCAGCAGAUAGGACGCAACUACUACAGCCCUAGUGAUCCACUCAACAUCCCACAGCACAAACUUACCAUCUGGCCAGGCUUCACCACUACAAUCUUGCAGUAUGAGUCAGCCAUUAUGAUGUGCACUGACGUGAGCCACAGGGUGUUGCGUAGUGAGACAGUCCUCGACUUUAUGGCCAGCCUGAGGCAGCAGUGCGGAAAUCAGCGCUUUUCUGAGAUCUGUGCUAAGGAGCUUAUUGGGCUCAUAAUCCUCACCAAGUACAACAACAAAACCUACAGGAUUGAUGAUAUUGCAUGGGAUCACACUCCCAACAAUACUUUCAAGAGGGGAGACACAGACAUUUCCUUCAAAAACUACUACAAAACUCAAUAUGGCCUGGACAUCACAGAUGGGAACCAGGUGCUGCUGGUCAGCCAUGUGAAGAGGAUGGGCCCUUCUGGAGGUCCUCCUCCUGGCCCAGCCAUGCUCAUCCCAGAGCUGUGCUACCUUACAGGCUUAACUGAUAAGAUGCGAGCUGACUACAGGAUCAUGAAGGAUUUGAGCACCCACACGAGACUGACUCCAGAUAAGAGGCAACAACGCCUCAACAGAUUCGUCGGUAAUAUACAGAGGAAUGCUGAUGCACAGACAGAGUUGGAGAAGUGGGGACUCAGCUUUGAUAAGCAACUUCUAAAUGUGACUGGCAGAGUCCUUCGAGGGGAGACGAUUUUCCAGGGAUCAAGAUCGUUUGAUUACAACCCAGCGACAGCUGACUGGGCCAGAGAAAUGCGUGGCUUGCCUCUGAUGCAGUCUCCUCCGCUGAGCACCUGGCUCAUGUUUCACACCCGACGUAACUACAACGAAGCCCAGUCUCUUGUCCAGACACUCAACAAAGUCUCAGGUCCACUGGGUUUCCGCAUACAGAGACCUGUCGUGAUUGAAUACGAUGAUCAUCAGGAGUCUCUUCUGAGAGCUCUGCAACAAAAUGUUGGACCCCAAAUACAGAUGGUGGUGGUAAUCCUCUCGAGCAACAGGAAGGACAAGUACGACAGUGUUAAGAAGUACCUGUGUGUGGACUGUCCUACUCCCAGCCAGUGCGUGGUGUCUCGUACCCUCAGCCGACCUCAGGCACUCAUGACUGUUGCUACAAAGAUUGCACUGCAGAUGGCUUGCAAGAUGGGAGGAGAGCUCUGGAGCGUGGACAUCCCUCUGAAGCAGCUGAUGAUUGUGGGUAUUGACUGUUACCAUGACACCACUGCUGGGAAAAGGUCCAUUGGAGCGCUUGUGGCGAGCCUCAAUCAGAGCAUGAGCAGGUGGUUCUCAAAGUGCGUGCUACAGCACAGAGGUCAGGAAAUCAUGGAUGGACUGAAAAUGGCCUUAACUGCUGCACUGAAGGACUAUUUGAAGUACAAUAAAUGCCUGCCUUCACGCAUAAUUGUCUACCGAGAUGGAGUGGGAGAUGGCCAGCUGCACGGCGUGGUCAACUACGAGAUUUCACAGAUCAGGGAUUCCAUCAGGUCCAUCGGGCAGGACUACACGCCCAAGCUGAGUGUGGUGGUGGUGAAGAAACGCAUCAGCAGCCGGUUUUUCUACCACAAAGACGGCAACGUGAUCAACCCUCCCCCAGGCACCGUCAUUGACACGGAUGUCACCCGGCCAGAGUGGUAUGACUUCUACAUUGUGAGCCAGGCUGUACAAACAGGAAGCGUCUCGCCAACCCACUACAACGUCGUGUGCGAUGAAAGUGGCCUGAAGCCGGACCACAUGCAGCGGCUCACCUACAAGCUGUGCCACAUGUACUACAACUGGCAGGGGAUCAUCCGAGUGCCCGCUCCCUGCCAGUACGCCCACAAGCUGGCUUUCCUCGUUGGCCAGAGCAUUCACAGGGAGCCCAGUGUGCAGCUGGACGACUACCUCUUCUACCUUUAAGGAUAAAACAAGAAAAAAUGUUUGCUUCUGAUUCUAAACUUACCUUAUAGAGAAUCAUAUGUGCGAGUUUUUGUAGGAGAAGUUAAGCUCGGAGUUCACCGAGAAAUAGUUUACAUUUCUAAAGUCAGAUAGUGUUUUGUGUUGAGUUACACAUUAUUUUUAACUCUAAUGCAAAGAACAAAAGCACAAUGUGUUCAAAGUGAGUAUGCACCAUAUGUGUUGUUAACGUGCUGACAGAGAAGGUUAAGAUCUCCAGAGUAAAGAUGCACUAGUAGGUUAGUAUACAGUAGAUUGGAUAUGAAGACUAUCCAUAUGUCAUUUCUAAGUUCAUUACAUCUGAAUUGUUGGGUUUGAGAAAGUUUCAAAGCAUUUUCUUUUUCACAAGGGAACCUAGGGUUUUUUGUUUUCAGUUUAUCUGAAUGAGCCUCCUGGUUGUUGUUGGUACAGCUCAUAGGUCAACUUCUAGGUUCCAAAAAACUGUUUUGCAAUAAACCUUGCUUUGUGUGGUA